AUUCUUUGGUUGUAGGGAACAGUUUCCAGUAAAUGAGAUUGGAUAGCGUCAUACGAGGAAAUUGAUUGAUAAUACGUCGUUUUUAGAGUUUUUUUUAAUUUUAUUAUUAUUUUAUAUAGUUUUCAGUGCGUGACCGGCAUCACCUGGGCUUUUUUCUAAAACUAAUUUUUCACUUUCCAAGAACUUGUUUCUUAGCACACCACAAUAGCGGGGUCAACGUAUGCGCAGGAAACGCGUAAGAAAAAGUAAGAAAACUGCAGGAAACCUCAGGUGCAGACAAAACUGAGCUCUGAUGUGCACCGGUAACCUUCAAUACAUUGUCGUGAAAGGAAAACAAAAAAACACAGCGUGUGGACAACAGUUUCAGGAUUUCCCAAGGUUGAGAAAGUUCGUGUAGUGUGACGUUUUGGUUUUAUUUACAUUGUUUUUUUUUUACUGUUGUUCUAAUAUACGUGGUUUUGUUACUCAUAAUGGCUGGGUCGUGUCGCAGCUCAGCUAUCGACUUUGACAGCAUUCCUUUGACGGCGCUGAAUUUUACUGUUAGAAAGAAGCUUUCUCUUUAUUUGAAUCCGAAGCAUGUGUCCGCCGCAGACUGGACUGCCCUGGCAGAGGCAAUGGGAUUCGAGUACCUGGAAAUCAAAAACUACGAACAGCACCAGAAUCCCACAAAAAUGAUACUGGAGAACUGGCAAGGGACGAGCGCGCAGGCCACCGUGGGGAGGCUGCUGGAGAUGCUCAUAGCGGUGGAGCGAGUCGAUGUUAUAUCUGACCUGCAAGGGCUAAUUGAGGAAGACUGCAGGAAGUAUCUCAAGAAGAAGCAGCUUCAAGAGCAGCCCGUGCAGGUCCCAGAGGUGGACAGCUGUGUGCCAAAGACCCUGGAAAUGAACGGGAUCACUAUCGAUGAUGACCCCUCGGGUCACAUGCCUGAGCUGUUUGAUGCUUUCAUCUGCUACUGCAACAAGGAUAUCGACUUUGUCCACGAGAUGAUCAGACAGCUGGAGCAGACAGAGUGCAAGCUGAAGCUCUGUGUGUUCGACAGAGACGUGCUCCCUGGGACCUGUGUGUGGAGCAUCACCAGCGAACUCAUAGAAAAGAGGUGUAAGCGGAUGGUGGUGAUCAUUUCAGACGAUUACCUUGACAGUGACGCAUGUGAUUUCCAGACCAAAUUUGCCCUGAGCCUCUGCCCAGGUGCCCGCUCGAAACGCCUGAUCCCAGUCAAGUACAAGCCCAUGAAAAAGAAGUUCCCCAGCAUCCUGCGGUUCCUGACGCUCUGUGACUACACCAACCCCUGCACCACGUCCUGGUUCUGGGGCCGGCUGGCCAAGGCGCUCUCUCUCCCAUAGAUACCGGGCCAGUGCCUGUGCAUUCGGAGCAGCCAGGCCACUGAGGACAGCAUAGCCAUGGACAUGAAAGGAAAGCCAGUCUUCAUCAGGCUCAUUCUGCUUGAAACUCUGCUUUGAUACAGGGCUUGCACUGUUGCUGGAGUGUGGUCUAGAGCAGCGCUUCUCAAUCUGUGGUCUGCCGGCUCUCUUCAGGUGCUUCAUGGAAAGGCUACAUAAUUACAGUUUAUAGAUCCCAUUGCAAACCCCAAAUUUGAGACAUUAAAAAUGCAUACAGAGAAUAUCUCAGUUAAAAAAAAAAAAGUCUAAACUCUCUGUCAUAUAUACUGUUGGAGUGUCUAAAGUGUGUUCUUUACCAGGGAGUUUUCAUGUAUUGCGCUCACAUGCAAUCAACACAGCAGCUUGUAAAGAUAACACCCGAAAAAAAAGAUGUUAUACAGGCUAACUUCACUGUAAC